UUUGCAAAGGGUGGGGCCGGGGGGGGGGGUUCCCCCGGCCCAUGGGCGAAGCUGCCAGGCACGCAGCACCCGCCGCCGGCAGGCUCCAUGCCCGGUGCACAAUGAAUGACUCGACACGCCGGGGCUGGGGGGUGCGGGGAGACAGAGGCGCGCUGCUAUUUGCUGGGGACAUACAAUGGGCCACUCCCUAGCGUGAGGCUUGGGGGGGAAGUGGGGGUGCUCGCAGGCAUCGGGCAGGCGCUGGAGGGGAGGGGAGGAGACGGGACUCCGGCCUCUGGCUAGUCGUUAAACUCCGCGAUGGUGUCAUCCCCCUGCUGGGCCAGGGGCUGCUGCCGCCCGCCUCUCUCCUGCCAUCAUGUCUUUGCUUUAGCCCCGGCUGCGGCUCCUCUCCAGGGAUGAUGGCCUGACAGCGCUGUGAUUCCCUCCCCCCACCCGGCUUUUUUUUUUUUUUUUUCUUUUUUUUUUUGGAGGGGAGCUCGGAUCAUGGCAUUGGGGCUCCGCAAGCUGCUGCUGCUUACCUCCAGCUGCGCCUUUAAGGACCAGCGGGAAAGAUGGGACUCAAGUCCAGGAAGGCAGCAGCUGCGGGGAGCGCCGGUGGCCGGGAGCAAGACGAGAAGAAAGUAGGACUCGCGCCUGGGGAUCUGGAGCAAGGUUCUUUGGCCUUGGGAGCUGGAGCGGAUAAAGAUGGGACCCUGCUGCUGGAAGGAGCCGGGAAGGAAGAGGGGGGGAAGAGGAAUCCGCAAGGGAUUGGGCUUUUGGCCAAAACACCUCUGAGCAGACCUGUCAAGAGGAACAAUGCCAAGUACAGGAGGAUCCAAACUUUAAUCUAUGAUGCCCUGGAGAGACCCAGAGGUUGGGCGCUGCUGUAUCAUGCCUUCGUAUUUCUGAUAGUUCUGGGGUGUUUGAUCUUAGCUGUCCUAACAACUUUCAAGGAAUAUGAAACUGUUUCAGGAGACUGGCUGCUGCUGUUGGAAACAUUUGCCAUUUUCAUCUUUGGAGCAGAGUUUGCCUUAAGAAUCUGGGCUGCUGGGUGUUGCUGUCGCUAUAAAGGAUGGAAGGGGAGGCUCAAAUUUGCCAGGAAGCCUUUGUGUAUGUUGGAUAUCUUCGUGUUGAUUGCCUCUGUGCCAGUGGUAGCUGUUGGGAACCAGGGCAAUGUUCUGGCAACAUCGCUCAGAAGUCUGCGCUUCCUUCAGAUCUUGCGAAUGCUCCGAAUGGACAGGAGGGGAGGCACGUGGAAGCUUUUGGGAUCAGCUAUUUGUGCACAUAGCAAAGAGCUCAUCACUGCUUGGUACAUUGGGUUCCUGACCCUUAUCCUCUCCUCGUUCCUUGUUUACCUGGUCGAGAAAGAUGUGCCUGAAAAGGAUGCCUAUGGAGUCGAGAUGAAAGAAGAGUUUGAAACCUAUGCAGACGCGCUGUGGUGGGGGCUGAUUACCCUAGCAACAAUUGGCUACGGUGACAAGACCCCCAAAACCUGGGAGGGGAGGCUGAUAGCAGCCACAUUCUCUCUUAUCGGAGUUUCAUUUUUUGCUCUUCCUGCCGGCAUCUUGGGUUCAGGGCUGGCUCUGAAAGUCCAGGAACAACAUCGUCAGAAACAUUUUGAGAAAAGAAGAAAGCCGGCAGCAGAACUUAUACAGGCUGCCUGGAGGUACUAUGCUACUAACCCCAACCGGAUGGAUCUCGUCGCCACCUGGAGGUUUUAUGAAUCAAUUGUAUCGUUUCCAUAUUUCAGAAAAGAGCAAUUGGAUGGUACUGCCAGCCAAAAGCUGGGUCUCUUGGAUCGGGUUCGUGGUACCAAUACUAAAGGAAAGCUAUUUACCCCUCUGAAUGUAGAUGCCAUUGAAGAAAGUCCUUCUAAAGAGCCUAAGAAUGUUGGCUUGAAUAAUAAGGAGCGUUUUCGCACUGCAUUCCGAAUGAAAGCGUAUGCCUUUUGGCAAAGCUCAGAAGAUGCAGGAACAGGGGAUCCCAUGACUGAAGACAGAGGUUACAGUAAUGAGUUCCUUAUGGAAGAUAUGAUCCCCACAUUGAAGGCAGCCAUCCGAGCUGUCCGAAUUCUACAGUUUCGUCUCUAUAAAAAAAAAUUCAAGGAGACUUUGAGGCCUUAUGAUGUAAAGGAUGUGAUAGAGCAAUAUUCAGCAGGGCACCUUGAUAUGCUUUCCAGAAUAAAAUACCUUCAGGCAAGAGUAGAUAUGAUUUUUACCCCUGGACCUCCAUCUACUCCCAAGCAUAAGAAAUCCCAGAAGGGAGGAGCUUUUUCUUACCCUUCACAACAAUCUCCCAGAAAUGAACAAUAUGUAGCCAAAGCAUCCACAGCAGAUACUGAAGACCAAAGUAUGAUGGGCAAAUUUGUUAAAGUUGAAAGACAGGUUCACGACAUGGGGAAGAAACUGGAUUUUCUAGUCGAUAUGCACUUGCAACAUAUGGAGCAGCUGCAAGUACAAGUCACUGAGUUGUGUCCUUUGAAAGAAGCUGCCUCUCCAGCAGAAGAAAAGAGAGAGGAAAACAGAUACUCCGAAUUGAAAAGCAUAAUCUACAAAUACUCGGAGCCUUGCACUCAUGAAACUCCUUAUAACUUCCACCAGAUUCCAGUACACAAAGUCGGUCCAUAUGGUUUCUUAGCACAGGAUCCAAUGAAUUAUUCACGCCCUUUUUCAUUAGGUGGGCAAAACUCUGGCAAGUUGCAGGCCAUGCCUUCUUCGACUUCAUAUGCAGAAAGGCCGACAGUUUUGCCUAUACUCACAUUCAUAGACUCCCGAGUUAGGUACCAGUCCCCAGGGGACCUGCAGAGCCCCAAUUCCGACAGGAUAUCUCCAAGGCAGAAAAGGAGCUUGACAAGAGACAGCGACACCCCAUUAUCCCUUCUUUCCGUCAACCAUGAGGAGCUUGAACGCUCCCCGAGUGGAUUCAGUAUCUCCCAAGACAAAGACGACUUCCCUUUUGGCCCAAAUGGGGGAUCAACCUGGAUGAGAGAGAAACGCUACCUAGCAGAGGGCGAAACAGACACAGAUACUGACCCUUUUACACCAAGUGGCUCCAUGCCUCUGUCUUCAACAGGGGAUGGGAUUUCGGAUUCACUAUGGACCCCUUCAAACAAGCCAGUUUAAAAAUGGUUGUGGGGGGUCCACUGGUUGACUUCUCCGUGUAAUGUAAACAUACUUUGUAUAGCUCACUUACUGCACACCCAAAGCUUACUAGUUCAAAACACCGAUGGCUGCAUAAGAUGCAUGUGAUAUUAGUGAUAGUCAUUCUGCACCAUUUCAUACAAUUUACUAAUGCAGUUUUUUUCAUGCCACCAAAACUAAGCAGCAGAGUUUUGAGCAUGGUUUGCAUGACUUUACACUAUAUAAAUGGUACAGCUAAUUUCUUCUGUGACACAUAUCUCGCUGAUGUUCUUCAAUAUAAUGAGGGUUAGAGCAAUGCCAGGUGAGAUGUGACGGUUCAUGCUACUUUUUUUAAACAGAGCAACAAAGUAAGAAUAGUUUCAGGAGCAAUGUUCUGAUGUGGAAACAUAUAUAAAUUAUUUGUUCCAUAUCAAUGCCCAUUUUCCAAUGCAAGUGAAUAAUUCUCUCUCCCGACUAGCCAGAAUCUUCCAAAAAUUUCAGCAGGGAAAAGGUCAGAUCAAAGUGUGUUACUGAUUUAACAUAAUUUCUGUAGCUGAAAGGUUUCAGAGUAGUAGCCAUGUUAGUCUGUAUCCACAAAGAGAACAGGAGGACUUGUGGCACCUUAGAGACUAACAAAUUUAUCUGAGCAUAAGCUUUCGUGAGCUACAGCUCACUUCGUCGGAUGCAUAGAAUGGAACGUAUGGUAAGAUAUAUAUAUAUAUAUCUUCAUAUAUAUAUACACACAGAUAAGUUAGAAGUUAACAUACAAACUGUGAGAGGCUAAUUAGUUAAGAUGAGCUAUUAUCAGCAGGAGAAAAAAACUUUUGUAGUGAUAAUCAAGAUGGUCCAUUUAGACAAUGUGAGGAUACUUAACUUAAGGAAAUAGAUUCAAUAAAUGGACACAAAUCUGACAUAAGGAAUCAUAACAUUCAAAAACCAGUAGGAGAACACUUCAACCUCUGUGGCCACUCAGUAAAAGAUCUAAGGGUGGCAAUUUUGCAACAGAAAAGCUUCAAAAACAGACCUCAACCAGAAACUGCUGAGCUUGAAUUAAUAUGCAAACUAGAUACCAUUAACUUGGGUUUGAAUAGAGACUGGGAGUGGCUGGGUCAUUACACAUAUUGAAUCUAUUUCCCCAUGUUAAGUAUCCUCACGCCUUCUUGUCAACUGUCUAAAUGGGCCAUCUUGAUUAUCACUACAAAAGUUUUUUUCUCCGGCUGUUAAUAGCUCAUCUUAACUAAUUAGCCUCUCUCAGUUUGAAUGGUAACUUCUAACUUAUCUGUAUACAUAUAGAUCUUCUUCCUAUAUGUUCCAUUCUAUGCAUCCAAUGAAGUGAGCUGUAGCUCACGAAAGUUUAUGCUCUAAUAAAUUUUUUAGUCUCUAAGGUGCCACAAGUACUCUUGUUCUUUUUGUAGCUGAAAGAGUUCUCAUGUCCCCUAUCAUACAAGUAUCAGUGUAUCAAAUGCAGUGUAAAACAGAAAUUAGGGACAGUUUGAGAUUUGCAAAGCCACUUGAGGGAAUUAGAAACAUGUAUUCCAUUAAUGCAAAUCAUGCUUUGAAAAUCUCCAUCGGAGGUUAUAAAACCACCACCAGUGUGAUUACAAUCAAUCUUAUUUUGUAGAAAAUAGUUUGCUCGUUCUAUUUAUUUGUAAUAGGGCCAAACUUCCCACUGAGAUUGGUACAAAACUACCAUCAGCUGCAAAAGAAAGUGUAUUUAAUGUAGGGAGCUCCUGGGUUUUAUUCCUAGCUCUUUUACUGAGUCAUGUCAUGUUGGGUAAGUCACUUAAUUUCUCUGUGCCUCAGUUUCCCCAUCUGUAAAAUGGGGAUGAUACUUCCCUACCUCAUAUGGGGGUGGAGGCUCAAUUCACUGAUGUUUUUAAAGCAUUUUGAGACCCUCCGAUGUAAGGCACACUAGGAGUGCAAAGUACAUCUACACUAUUUAAUGGGAGUUCCACAUUCAGGCUGUUGGCAGGAAAUGGCCUGUUGUUUCUUAUGUAAACGGACUAAUCUAAAUAAAUGUAUGACACGUUUAAUAGCAUAGUUCUAAACAAUGCCACGACCACGGACAGAUCCAUUCCCCGGCCCCAUCCAGGUAUCUCAACUGGGCACAGCAGCUUUUUGAGAGAGAGUGAGGAAAGAAACUUUCCCAUACGGCCACAGGGCAACAAUGGAACCACUGCUUGGAAAACGUUCCAGCCUACCGGCUGGAGUCAUCACUACCGAGGGAAUAGUGGAGCAUAGGAACCAGGAUGUAUACUCUAGACCUGGCCUGCUCAAGCCUACCCUGUGUGCUGGGGCAUGGCAGCUGCUGUAAAGCAGAGCUCCAAGCUGUGCAGGGGGUCGUGUACCGGAUGUGACUCAUCACCAGAUCCUAAUGCCUUCACUCCUUAUGUAGUGGAGCCGUACAGGCUCUGGCGCACAUCCUCAAAGGCAGGGCCGCCCAGAGGAUUCAGGGGGCCUGGGGUCUUCAGUGCAGGGGUCCUUCCACUCCGGGUCUUCAGAGCACUUCGCCGAAGGCAUGGAGCGGAAGGACCCCUCCGCCACCGAAUUGCCGCCGAAGACCCGGAGUGGAAGAAGUGGCGGUGGGUCUUCAUCGAUGGCUCCUUCACUCCAGGUGUGUUCGGCGGCACUGAAGGACCUGCCGCCGAAAUGCCGCUGAAAACUCUCGUGGGGGCCCCUGCGGGGCCUGGGGCAAAUUGCCCCGUUUGCCCCCUCCCCCCGGGCGGCCCUGCUUAAAGGUACUUAUGCCCCUAACUCCCAUUAAUUUCAGUGGAAGUUAGGAGCCUAGGAGCCUUUGAAGGUGUGUGCCUCUGUGUUACUCCAUAAACACCUGCAAAGGGUUAGCAAUGGGAAUUGGUCCUGAGUAUUAGAGUGAUGACCAACAAGGACUACUGAGUUACUGCAAAAUAUAUCAAGAGGUUACUCUUUAUCUCACUGGAACCUGAUAUGAAACACGACAGUGAGCUGUCACAGUGACUCCUGCUAGAGCUUGCCUGUUAAUAAGGAAGUUAGUGCUGGCCACCACUGUAGUUGCGCCUUAUCUUGUGAUGACAACCUGCCUACCUGCCCCGUGCCCUCCCCUUUACCCGAACAACUGAUUUGCCAUCACAGGGCUACUGAGAGGUUGCAAUCACAGUACUGCAUUAUCCGCAGUAGACUCUAGGGACUGCGCUGCGUGAGGAGAGAGGGUCAGCUGGGUGGCCUAACAGGUUAUAUCUAUAUAAUGAGUGACUCAGCCAUGAUUCUGUGUUUUCCACAAGGGGCUUCCUAGCGAUGUAUGCUAAGCUUUCAGGCCCAUAUGCUGAGGCGUUGUGCAGUCCUUCCUCAAGUAAAGCUCUUCCUUGCUCUUCUGUGGGUGUCUGAUCGAGUAAGAACAGAGUGAAACCUAAGGUGUAGACUGUACAAUUUAGCAGAGCCAGGGGCAGUGUGGAGCUAGCAUCCCCAAGGGGGAACACCAACAGGUAGGAAUGUUUUUCCUGGAGCCAAUGGCCAGGCAGAUCCAUGCACCUGCUUCUGCACCCUUUCGUGAGGUGCAACUUCCUAUCCUCCAUCCAGACAGCAACCCAGCACUGCUGGCUGGUGCCUGGGAGUAGAGCUAGAGCUACAGGACCCCUGCCCAUCACUACAACCUUAUCCUUCACUGGGCACCCCCAUGAGAACCAGACACCAUCUGACCCUUAAGUUAGGGUCCUCAAGAUUGGGCCCACUGAAAGCUUUGCCUGAGGAAGGACUUAAGGAUUUGGCCCACAGAAGCCACAAUGAACUGACCGUUAUUUGUGUUGCUGGGACCGUCCUGUAGCGAUAAAGCUUAGCAUUGUUAGCACGCGUGGUCCUGCAGCAGGGUAGUGAAAUACUUCGGCCUGGUUUUCCAGUGUGCUCCUGCCGCAGGCUUUCGCACAUGCACGUUACACACGGCACUUCAGGGGAAAGGUUCCAUGUUGGUUUCUGCCCAUCUAUCAUUGUGUCUAUUUAUUGACACUUCAAAGAGUUGCUGGUACCUCAUGAAAAUCAUUUUAUUUAGGAACCAUUCUGCUUGUGUGAUAGAUUUUGGGGGGGUGGGGAAGUGGGGGGCUUUUGUCUUUUCUCAUUCUUCACAACCAUAUGAAAGAAUAUGGGAUCUUUUUUUCCUCAAGAGUUGACCUGCUCCUGCUGCUGCUUCCUGAAAUCAUAAUCCAUCACUUCUUCAGCUGGCGCAAGUUGUCUUUGUUCCACUCGAAUCAAUGAAGUGGCAUCAUUUUAUCCCAGCUGGGGAUCUGUCCUGUUAAUGACUUCAGGUGACAAACUCACUGUGAGCUAGAUCCUCACCUGGUGUAAAUUGGCCUAGCUCCAUCGAAGCAAAUGGAGUUGGGCCUAUUACACCAGCUAAAGAGGGGGCUCGGUAUGUGUGGAUGUUCUGUUCUUAGAUUAAUGGUUGUAGUGACAUGAAGCCUGAUUUCUGUAGCCAUUUUGUGUACAGAACAGCUAUUGAUCUCAACAGAUGUUCUGUGUUUGGUUCCAUUACGCACCCCAAAUUAGAGACAGAGAGAAAAUAUCUGUCAUAGGGAGAAUCGAUUUCAAUUAGGGCAUUUUCACAAGUUUUCUAGGCAGCCUCAAUGAUUCUUGGAAGUACCUGCGUUGAACUUAAAGCUGUGCUUUACGUUACACAAGUGCAUGGUAAUGGAUUUGUCCCUUCUGUGUUGUGGUUGCAGGAAAAGCUCUGCGUCUGUUUCUAAUACUAUUUCACUGAUCCAUGACAGAAUGAAAUUGUCUGUUAUUAGUUACAAGACAAAUAUCCUUGGUUUUUCAGAGGUUGUAGAUGCUCAGCCCCUCGGAAAAUCAGGCCCUUUGUGUCUAAAACUGGGCAACCAAACCCGAAGGCAUCCAAAAUUAGAGGCCGCUUUGGAAAACGUGGUUCAGAAUGUAUCCAUUGACUGCAGCUAAUGCAGUGCACCUCUGUACUCCUCGCCACCUUAUUUCAUCCCUCUGCAUUGCAGUUCAGGCCUUAAAAGCUACCGUCUAGCCAUAAGCCGGUGCAGUAAUAUAGAGCUAAACCUUUUCAGUGUUCAAUCUAGGUGAAUAUUAGACACGUUACCGAUUUUAGCGAGUUACAGUACUCUUUAGAAAAAGCAGAAUGUGAAAUAGAGUACAGAAUGCUCUGAAAACAAGGAAACAAACUAAAUACUUUAAUCUUAAGGGGACAUUAUUUGAAGGAAACAAACUAAGUCAGGGUAAGCGUUUGAUUUAGCCAGUUUGCAUGUCUGCGUAUCACACUGUAGUCCUAAAGGGGCGAGGGGAAGGAGGAUAUCACCGACUACCCUACCAUGUCUGUACUAAGUAGCUGAAUUGCCUUAAAGUUGAACUUUCAACACUGGGCUGUGAGCCUUGAUUCGACUCGGUAUGCAGCACUGGAGAAUUUUACUGUUUAAAAGGGGAAAGCAAUGCAUAGCCUGGAAACACAGGGUAAGGCUAGCGCAGCCACACCAUGAAAUAUUAAUGAUAUUCUUAAAGUCAAAUUAGGGCUGUCUCUCAAUAUUGAUUGUAAUUAAAUAUGUGGCUAGGCGGGACAUAACUGCUGGGCUCCUCUGAAGUCAUAGAAUCUCAGCGUUGGAAGGGACCUCAGGAGGUCAUCUAGUCCAACCCCCUACUCAAAGCAGGACCAAUCCCCAAUUUUUGCCCCAGAUCCCUAAAUGGCCCCCUGAAGUCCACAGAGUUGACGUCUGGGGGUCUUCUGUAACAGAGGUGAGAGGAGGCCGAGUUCUGCAUUCAGGAGGUCUGGUUAGUGCAUUUUAAUGUUUGUUGUCCAUCACACCUCACAGAUCUGACACAGCUCACUCCCCCCUUUGGAAUAAUCUGUGCAGAAAGUCCUCUGCAUGGAGCAGCAGCUGGGUAGAGACUAUGGGUGUAUAUAAAUGCUGCUUUUGCAUGUCAGCACAUGCCUGCACCCACUCAAUUUAGCCUGUAAUAAUUUAUCAUUUCAGGUUUAGCAUUAUUGCUGACCAGUGGAAAAUAGAGAUAUUUUAAAAUAUGUAGAUCACCUAUCAAAGUAAGACCGUGCCAGUUAGUUAGAAUCGGGACACUGCAUAGCAUUAAAAUCACAGUGUAACAAGUGUAUAAUUUCUAAAUAAAGCAGGGCCAUUUACUUUUGACUAGCAAGGGGCUAAGAAGUGUGUGGAGGGGGGGACCUUGCUCAGUCUUUACCCAGGCAAACCACCAAAUCAGUGGGAAUUAGCCUGAGCAAAGACUGAGGAAAAACUAGGAAAGGAUCUCUAGAAUUGGCCAAAAGUUGUAAUACUAUAUUUUACAGUCUACAAAUAUCACCCUUUCCUUACAGGAUACUGUGGACAGGAAAUAGGAGGUAGUGGCAUAAUAAUGAAAGAGGAAGUACUAUCUCCUGUUGUCCAAACCAGAAAAGCAGGUUAAUUUCUAAAUAUUUUUUUUGCGUACUCAGCAGAGAAGCACCCAAACGCUGAGUCUUCUGUAUGGACCAAACGAAGAUCCCAGACCCAUUCAGGCCCAAACUUUUUGGGAAAGUCCAGUUCCAAACUUCGCAUCCUGAAGCCAUCUGUACUGCUAAGUGUAACUACAAAGUAAUCUUCAGGGACACUUAACCACUCUGCACUUGUUGUGUAUUAUCAAAUAUGUCCAUUAUGGCCCUGCCCCAUCUGGUGUAAAUCGGCAUAUCUCUUUUCAACUUAAUGGAGCUGCACCAGUUUACACGAGCUGUGCUGGCCCUGUGAAUCAAAAAUUUCAAAACCUUCCUCCAAAACUGUGCCCACCAGAAUCACGUGUGAAUCCCAGGUUUGUGUGUGCAGACUGGCCUUUGCGUAUGCAAGUCAGGGAGUUAGCUGUAGGAUACUGUGUGUACAUUUCCUGAUUGUGCAUUCAAAUGUGUGUGUGUGAGGGGGGGGGGACAGGGGGGUUGCAUGUUCACAUAAAAUUGAAGAAAUUUGGAAAUCUGGUUCUGAAAAUUUGAAAGUCUGAAAAUUUAGCCCCACGUGCCUUUUCUUAAUGGAUAAUGUAACUAGCCACAAGGGCACAGUUCCUCAAAGGUAACGAGGCUCCAAAUGGAAGUUAGGAGCCUCAAUGCCUUUGAGGAUCUGGGCCUAGGUUCUAAUCAUGUGACUAUAAUGGAGUAGGGUUAAUAGUUGUCAUUUGUACAUUUACCACAGAAGUGACAUGAUAUUUGUGCUCUGUUGAAAUAAAGGACAGUAGCCAGGAUUAUUAGCCUGCAUUAAAGCCGUACUUAAAAAGCCAUGGGCUGCUUUGUAGAGUAGGCUCACCACAGAGAGAGGCGUUGCUCAGUAUUUGGCUUGACAGUGGCAUCUGGAGCAGCAUUAAUGUUCGUAGCAGGAGUGAAGUGGAUUUACACCAUUCUUCUGCUAGCACCUGGAGAUGGUUUUACGGCUAGCAAUUACAGCUGGGUCAGGCCUCCUUUGAGUCUGGGCUGACACUGACUCUUUGUUUACAUAAUUAACCUUAAAUAGGAUUAAAUGUCUGAAUCCAUGCUUUGCUAACGUUUAAUGCUUACUAGGGACCAAGCAUCUAUUUCGAGGCUUAGCCAUGCUUCUUGCAAUAUGACUUUCACUGUAUUCAUCUUCCAUAAUUGGUGAGCAUUUAGGGCUUUAUCCCGUUCUCCCUAAAGUCAGUGGUUAACCUCUCUUUCAAUGGGAGCAGGGGAAAGUCCUGGUUGUACGGUACAAACUGCUAAUCUCUUUAUUUAUGGAUUCAGUCUCUCAGCAUGAUUCCUCCUGAAAUGGGCACAUUUUUGUUAGCUAUGUUUUUAAGCUGAUUCUCUCUAACAAGUAAAGCACAUAUAUCAUUUCUGGAAAAGGUAAUCUCUGUUUACAUUGUGCAGCUAUCCUUGCAGCUUUUUAUUGUCAUCUAGACUCCUUUUCCCUCGAUAAAAAUUUAAAGUGUUUCAUUAUUGCAGGUGCACAUGCCAUGAAAAAUUGUGUUGUUUUAUUGAACUCAGUUUCAUGGUCCAUUUAUGGAGCUUGUUCCUUUAAGAAACAUCUAAUUAUAAGUUUAAAUAAUGACUACUGGCUUUUCUUAGGCUUGAUCCUAUAGUGGUUUAGUAUGUAUAAAUCCCAUAGAAAUUAAUAGGACUUUAGCAUGUGGAAGGACACCAGAUCUGUCCCUAAAAUGACUUUGGGUUAUGUUUGCUCUGCUUUUGUCUGUAUCUUUGCUGCAUUGUUUAAGGUUCUAGGAGGAAAUAGCUGAAAGGUUUCAUGUCUGCAAAUUGUGGCCCAGGAUCCUGCAUGCUAAUUCACACUUGCAUGGAAUCCUACUGACUUCAGAUGGGCUUCAUGUGAGCAUAAGGGGCACGUGGAUCAGAAUGGGGAGGGCUGGUCAGAAAAUGCAGAUUAAGGAGCAAAUUCAGCUCCGUUAUGACUCCGUGGAUUACAGUGGAAACUGACACCAGGACUGAAUUUGUCCCUGUAACUGCAAAAUAUGUGUUGAAGAGCCAGAUCCUGCAUCCUUAGACACCACAAACUCCCACUGAGUUAGCUUGGCAUUUCAGGUGCACAAGGAAUGCAGGCCUAGAUUUUCCAAAGUAACUUGUGAGUUUGGAGUUGUCUUGAUUUUUGGGUGCCCAUUUUAACACCCCUUUGAAGGGCUUGAUUUUGAGUGGACCAGCGUUCAGCCGUUCUGAAAAUCAGGCCACUUUGGGGUGUCUUAUGUUGGGCACCCCAAAAAUUGAGGCCCUGCACAAUCACAAGUCACUUUUGAAAAUUUAGGCUGCAGGAUCUGAUCCUUAAACAAGCAGCUUUGUAAGCAUUUCUAGUGUAGCUACGUGAGGCAAAACAGUGGAAGUGGGAUCCAAUUUUCAUUCUUAAGAACAUGCUAAGAUGUAAGGUUACAUAACCAACUGCAUUUUCUUUUGUAGUUUAGGGCAUAUGAUUAUUAUUAGUAUUUGUGCCUUGCUCUCUGAAAUUUUCUCCAGGCUACAAAGAUGCUUUUCAGAUUCUGGCUGACAAGGGAACACAACUUUUAUACAAGUGGCCUUUAGUGCUCUUUAUAAUAUUAUUUAUUGUAAUUUUUAAACUGUAUGUGUAAUUUAUAUUCUGGCACUGUCUGAUAUUUGAACAACUUUAAUAUGUUUAUUUCAAUAUAUUAUGCAAACAAUACUUCUUACCUGAUUUUUUAUGUUCUGUCUUUAAAAACUUGCACCACUUAUUAAUAAAUAGAAAUUUC